AUGGCCAAGAGUACUUCAGCUGAGAAGUACACUCCUGAAGCUGAGAAAGGGCUCAUCGUCGGGGUGAUCCUGAGAUAUGGCACCCCUGCCACUAGUGGCCGUGACAAGUCACUCAGCUGUACUCAGGAAGACAGGGCCUUCAGCACCCUAUUAGUGAAUGUCAGUGGGAAGUUCUUCGAAUACACUCUGAAGGGAGAAAUCAGCCCUGGCAAGAUCAACAGCGUAGAGCAGAAUGACAUGCUGCGCAAGGUAACAUUUGAUCCAGAGGUAUUUUUCAACAUUCUGCUGCCUCCAAUUAUUUUCCAUGCUGGAUACAGUUUAAAGAAGAGACACUUUUUCAGAAAUCUUGGAUCUAUUCUGGCCUAUGCCUUCUUGGGUACUGCAGUUUCCUGCUUCAUUAUUGGAAAUCUCAUGUAUGGUGUGGUGAAGCUCAUGAAGAUUGUGGGCCAGCUCUCUGAUAAAUUUUACUACACAGAUUGUCUCUUUUUUGGAGCAAUUAUCUCUGCCACUGACCCAGUGACUGUGCUGGCGAUAUUUAAUGAAUUGCACGCUGAUGUGGAUCUUUACGCACUUCUGUUUGGAGAGAGUGUCCUAAAUGAUGCCGUUGCCAUUGUACUGUCCUCGUCUAUUGUUGCCUACCAGCCAGCGGGGCUGAACACUCAUGCCUUUGAUGCUGCUGCCUUUUUUAAGUCAGUUGGCAUUUUUCUAGGUAUAUUUAGUGGCUCUUUUACCAUGGGAGCUGUAACUGGUGUUGUGACUGCUCUAAUAUCCUUUUAGUAGUUUCUGUCACUGCUUGGGGGGGUAUGUGUGUGUGACAUUACAUCUUCACAGAGAAAGUUAUCAGGAAUCUUUCUUUUCAGAUUAGAAAUUUUAAAUUG